UGGGGUCGAGGAUUCGGUCUCUUGGGUUCCAUCUUUGGAAAGGACAGUGCAAUAAAUCAGUCAAACAGUGUUUUUGGCCUGGUGUUUUAUAUACUACAAAUGCUUCUGGGUAUGACAGCGAGUGCAGUAGCAGCUCUGAUCCUCAUGACAUCCUCCAUAGUGUCUGUAGUAGGGUCCCUGUACUUGGCAUACAUUCUGUACUUCGUGCUGAAGGAAUUUUGCAUUGUCUGCGUGCUCACAUAUUUGCUGAACUUCAUUCUCUUUAUCAUCAACUACAAACGACUAGUUUAUUUGAACGAGGCCUGGAAGAGGCAACUCCAACCCAAACAGGAAUAACCCCUGCUGGAACUUUUGACUGACAGUCUGAAGACCCAACUUCCAUUAAGUUUAUUUUGCAGUAAUUUUUUUAUUCUCCAUAUCAGACACUUUUUUUUCCUCCCUUCCCCCCCCCGCCCGAGAAUCAUAAUGGAAAAUUUGAAUUAUAAAUUUCAAGGGGCUCCAGAUAAUUUCUCUGUGCUAAUCUUCAGUUUCAAUGCGGUUAUGAAAGGAAACUCUGUAACAAUCAAAGACAAGCUUUAACUUUACUUUGAAGGAGUUUUAGCCACAGCAAAACCUAGACUCUCUCUCUUCCCCCUCCACUUGUGAAGUGGGUAACACUUGCUAGAAAAUAUCCUGUAUAUAAAUUCAGGUAUAACAAGAUGUGAUCAUGACAUGAAAUAUUCUAGCCUAGGAUCACCAUAUUUAAUGUUGCCAUGUUUACAGUAUGUGUAUUUUUUUUCUUCUUUUUUCUUUUUUUUUUUUUUUUUUUUUUUUUUUUUUUUUAGCUGAUGGACUUAGAUUUGACUAGGACUUACACUGUAAAUAAAAUUAGAACUCUUGGUUUCAUCCCUGGAGAACUCACUGUCCCAUGGGUUUGGUUAGGAACUGUCAGAGGGUUCAGCUCAGAGUUGACUGACACGAUGGAAGAAGUGACCUCUAAAGAACAUGGAGUUGCUGCUCUCACUGUUGUGCUUUCACAAGAAUGAUGCUUGGGGUUGGUUCCAUUUUUUUCUUCUUGUUUUUUUGAUUUUUUUCCUUUUUUUUU